CAUUAUUUUAGUCAUCGGUUCCUGGUUUUGAUGGAGUUGGUGCCUGGCUAUGAUUUCGGUCCACGCCAAACUUCUACUGAAAUAAACAUAUGUAUCCUAGUCUAGAGAAAUUUAUGUCAGGCCUCUAUUUGUAAUGGAUCUGCAUGUUUACAUGUAUGACUUCGACACCUUUGACCGCGUCAAAGCGACAGACGAUGCUGGGCUUCCUGAUAAUGGAAGCGCAUAAAUGACUUUCCUGCCUUGUUCAGUAUCUCAUUCAAUUUCGGGCAUAUUUUGUUGACCUGUUGCCGAUAAGGCUGGAGAACGCUGUGCUCUCUCAUGGUCACACCGAGCAAGUAUGAGAUUGCAUCAGGGGCGCUCCUCGCACAUGUUCAGCGCAAGGAAGUGGACAUGCGACGUGAGACGGAACGUACUGUCCGCAAUUCACGCGGGACGGAUAUGGAGGCCUCACAUCGCUCACGGCAGGCAGCGAACGCGCUCCAGCUUGCGGACAUUAGUGAGAUCUCCGCUGGGUUGCUCAAAAUUCCAAGCUUAAGCAGCGACGACAUUACCGACGUUAGAGCCAAGCCACGGCUAAUUCCAAAGAGCGCUAGCUCAACUCCCGCUAGGUUCGGCAAUGGCCGCAACCUUAGCAACAACCCAACCGGAGACGUUUCGGGCCUCAAACCCUCCCCAGCCGCCCAGCAGCCUCAGCGCUACCUAGACACAGUCGCUAAAGCUGACGGCGGCGCCACCGCUGUUCACUACAUAAAGCACUCUACAGCAGCCACAACGCCAAUCAACAGGCGCGCCAGCACCGCCUCCGCAGGCAACAACAGCGGCGGAGGCGGAGGCUUGUUGCCCUCGCGCACCAGCCAGGCUGGUGUCUCGUCGCCGGCGGUGCAGGCGCUCAGCGGCCUGCGCCGUGCACGGAGCGCCUCCUCCACCGCUGGCGGCGCCAACCACAAAGACGCUGGAGGGGCAAGCGGUAGCGGCGGCCUCGGUACGGCGGCGGCAGUUGACCCAGCUGCCGCCGACACCGCCGUUGCACUGACGCGCGCAUCACAGGUGCUUCGGGCGAACCGGAGGAUGACGACGGAUCCCGACGGUUCGGAUAGCGGCCCGGAGGAGGGCUCUGCAGAUGAGUACCAAUACCAACCAGGGAGGGACGGCGGGGGAGGAGGCAUGAAACGGCAGGAUGGACGGCGAAAGGUGGCCAAGCGGCCCGCCAGCACGGUGCUAGGCGUCCGCCAGCGUGUCGCGGCUGCGGCAGUGACUGCGGGACCUCCGGCUGCAGCCUCACCUGCUACCGCCGCAACGCCGUCCAGUGGCGGCGGCGGCGGCGGCGGCGCAAACGACGGCCCAGCGCACAAGCGGCAGCAGCGCCAGCGGAGUCCGCGACGCAGCUUGGCUGGACCGGAUCGGGGAGAGGAGCGGGAGACCGCAGCCGGCGGCAACAGCGGCGGCGGCUGUAACCGUCGUAUCCGUGACACCAGCGAGAGCGGUGCCCUGCGGCGACCCACACGGGAUUACGGGGCCAUGGGUCGGACCGCGUCCUCGCUGCGCGGCGGCGCCGACUCAACGAUGUACGGCAGCGCGACGGCAGGUGCGAGCCUACGAGCGUGGCACGGUGGUCGCGACGCCAGCCCUACCUCCAGCUCUAGUAGUGACGACGGCCAAUUGCCGCGCGACCGUGGCAUUGGAGGGGGUGGACCGCGCAGGUUUAUCCGCAGCAGCGGUGGCGGCGGAGGCGGCACGGCCGCGGCACUCAACGGCAGUGGAGGCGGCGGCGGCGGUCUCUUCGCCGGGGGCUGGUACGCGUUAGCCAAAGCGAGCCUUGACGCCAGCGGCGGUGGCAUUGGCCGCAGCACUGAAGGCGGUAGGGACCGCGGACGUAGCGCAGGCGGCGGCAGUUGUGCUGGCGGUAGCCGCCGGAGGGUCUCGUACGGCAAUCCCUACGUCAGCUCCUCCUCUUCCUCCUCCUCUGCUUCCUCUCGGCAUGGCAGUGAGGCCGAAGAUGCCGCGGCGCGGCGGACGGAAGCCGUCACCGCUGGGGGCCGACGGCGCACCAGCGCCUCAAGCGCGCGCGGUGUACGCUCUAGCGGAGGCGGCGGCGCUGCCGCCGCCGCCGCCGGCUUCGCCAACUCCUCAAUUGCUCUCUCGUCCCAGGAGUCCUCUGGCAUGCGCAAGCUACGCGAUCAGCUGGAGCGUGCUAGGCAGUCGCUGCUGCGUCUGCAAUUGUCCAGCGGCGGUGGGGGGCCGCCGCCGCCACGAGAGGCGGUGGCGGGGCGGCGCAGCGGUGCCGGUUGGCAUGCCAGCACAAGCCAGGGCGGCAUGGGAAGGAACGAAGUUGGCGGGCAAUGGCGCAGUGGCGGCGGCGACGACGACCACGACGACAAUAAUGGCGGAAUCGACGUCGGCCGCGGGCUCCAGGAUGAUGAUAUUGCGCUGCUGCUUUCCGCACUGCUGAAGGGACAGCUGUCGUCGGCACAGGAACAAGAUUCUACGGCUUUCGCCGCCGCUACGGCCGCCGCCGGGGGCAGCGGCCGCAGGCUUUCCUGCGAACGACACUUAGACCGCUUUCCAGUCAGUCCUCUGUUCAUCUCCGGUGGGCCGUGUGUUGGCGGUGAUGACGGUGAUGUUGAUGAUGAUGACGGUGACGACGAGCCCUGGCGCAUCGCCGCAAGGCCGCUGGCACCCGGUAAGCUCGUGCGGCUGCUCCGCGCUCUGCAGCAACUGCACACACGACAUCCACAGCUGUUGCAGUCCCGACAGUACGGCAGCCGCCUGUUGCGGCUGCUGCGCGGCGUGGCGACGAGCGACGGGGAGGUGGAGAUGUUGCUGGACGCCGUCACGGGCCGUCGCGGCGCCGCCGGGGCCGCCGUUGGUAAAGCACGCCGGACAAGCCUCCAAGAAAGCGGUACCAGCGGCGGAGGCGGCGGAGGUGCCGUGGCGGCAUUGGCUGCCGCCAUGUUCGGUGCCGACGGCGGCGGUCAGACACUCCGGGACGGCAGCAGCGGCGGGAGGGGCCGCGCCGCCGCCGCGGCAGCCGCGGGUCCUCGGCCGCCGCGUACGGACGCCACCAAGGAUGCGGUGGAGCCGUCUGCGGCGCGUACCCUCGCGGCGCGGCGGCAGGAGGCUUCCUUGCUUGCUCAGGAGGUGGAGAUGCAGGAGGAGGAGGCGUGGAGGGACGCGGCACGGACUCGCGGUGUGAGAGGCUUAGACGCUGCGGGACGGCUCCAUGACUAUCUGGGCAUGGAACAUACCGGGUACUCGCCGCGCAGCUACGGGGCCGCCACAGCAGCCGCCAGCCCACCAGCUCGACGACUUCGCAGCGGCAGCACCAGCGCAAGCCCGCGUCUGCGGCGCAGGUCCUCUUCCGUACAUGCAUCACCGGAGAUGGCGGCUGGGCCGGCGUCGGCGUCGGCGUCGCCCAGGAGCGGCGGGGCCCGUCCGAACAUGGGCUCAGCUCGGUCUGCGAGGUCGAGGGGAUCACCUCGCUCGCCUACAUCGACCCUGGCGUCGGCACGGAGCGCCCGGCCGCAGUCGCCGGCGGCGGGAGGGAGCGACGCACCGGACCGCCGCCAGCGGCGGUUGAUACCGAUGGCCAUCGGCAGUGCCGCCGGCAGGUCCGGCUCCGGGUCCCCGCCGCCGCCGGACCGUGUUGUCGUCUCACCUCGUUCCGCUGGCGCCGCUGCGGCGGUAUCGGGCGCGAGCGUGCGCAUGAGUUUUCUACGCGACGGCGGCGGCGGCGACGGCGAGUUGGCGGCAGGCAGCGGCAGUCUGGCUAUUUCGCCUCGCUCCCUGGGCGGCAAGAGCCCAAGGUCGCCCCCCCAGGCGCCUGUGAGUUUGCUCCAGUUCGCCGGGCUUGCGUGCACGGGCAGUGCCGCCGCUGGUGCCAGGCCGCUUGGACCGGUCCCGGAUCAUUUGCAGUCGCUGACGGUACAAGCAGCUGCCCUUUGGCGACGCUCAACGCUGGCAUUCGGAGGCCAAGAUGAACUAGCCGAUCCAACAGCAUACGGUCAGCAGCAGGCGGCGGCGGAUAUUGGCGAAGGCGACGGUGGUUCUGGCGGGGGCUCUGGAAAUCGGUUCAGGUCGCCGUCGAGGUCGCCGACCCACGGGUCUUCACCAAGGCUGGGCCUGCUGCUGAUUCCGUCGACGAGCAGCCCUAGGUCGCCUAGGCCAGCCGCCGGUGCUGCUACUGCCGCCACAGCGGGGCCGGAGCCCCCGCAUUCGGGGCGGCACCAGUGCUCGGCGUCAACGGCGGUGGCGGAUGUAUACGACAUGACGAGAAGCGGUGGUGCUGGCAGCACGAGGCUGCGGUCGGCACCGUCGCCACCGCCGGCGGUUCGGAAAGGCCAAAGCCACCGUGACGGCGGCAGCACGCGAGCACGAUCUGCGUCACCUAUCAUGGCCGACGGCCGGACGCGGAGGAUGUUUGCCGCCGCCACCGCCGCCACUGCGGGCCGGAGUUCCGCUGCACCUUGCAGCGACGUCGCCACGCCUGCUAAAGCUACAGCUGCUGAACCUCGGCAAGGCCAUUCUCCUUCCUCCGGGAUACGGAAGGCCGCAACUAGAAGUGUCACUUUCACUUCGCCGCCGCAGCCGGCGGAGGCAGGGUCGGUAGCGCAUUGCAGCCCUGCACAAAGUAGCCAUCCCGCUGCCACAGCUACUAAGCAGCAACGAGCUUGGUCCCCCGCUGGGUCACCGCCGCCGCGGCACGCGGCGGCGGCAGCGGCGCCCACACACAACUACUCGCCAGCGCAGCGGGACCCUAGCCAGGGCGUGAUGGCUGUACAACGGUCUCCUGCGGCGGUAGCGGCGGCGACGGCGGCGAUGAGCUCAUCACGUGAGUACGCGGCGUUAACAGGUGCUGUGAAGGAGCUCCGCGCAGCCGUCGCCGCGCGGUCUCGGUCCUUGGCUCAGCAGAUCCGUGCCGCCAGCCCCGAGCUGAACGGCGGGUCGACGGCGUCGUCGACGCCGGCGGAAGCUACUGCGACGACGUCCCGGUACGGCGACAGCGGAAGCCGGCUCCGCCCUAGGCCCGGGUCUACACCGGACAGGUUGCAGCGCCGCGGCGGUCCCUCGCCGCCGUCACGAAAGCGGCGGGCGGGCAAUGCCGUCAUCGCCGCAACGCGCGCAGGUUCGCCCUCGUUAUCGCCGCAGCGGCAGCAGCUGCAACAGCAGCAGGAUGAACAGCAGCAACCGGGGCGGCACCUAAGGUGGGAGUCGCCGCCAGCACGUGAAGCGCUUCAGGAUACAUCCUCGCCGUCGGUCCACUCCAGGUCGCCGUACGUCACUCCUCCGCCGCCUUCAGCCGCCACCAUGGCCACCAAGACGUGGCAUGAUGGGCCAAACGUACGGCAGGAGCAGUGCGGGGCGACGGAGGCGGAAGCUAAUUUGGGUGCCGCCGCCCAGCCAGCCUUGCCGAGUGUCUUGGGCAUACCUUCAAAGAGUCAUGCUGGCAGCGGCGGUGAUGGCUUCAAUCACCACAAUGAUCAUAGCCAUCGUAAGCCAACGUCGCCGCCGCCGCCAUUGCUGUCGUACACGCAGCGCGCAGCGUCGCCGCCCCCCCAGCAUCACUGGCUCCCGUCGAUCCCCUCAGAACUGCACCACGACAAUGCCGAUGCCGGCGCCGGCGAUGUGAAUUCCCACGGCGAUAAAUUGGAUGGUGGAUGUGGCCACAGCCUGCAGUCCCAAGUCAUUUUUCUGUUGAGCCAUUCGGAGGCCGCCACCGAAGUGGCCCACCCCGCUGGUGGCACAACCGCCGGCGGCAGCGCCAAGCCGGCGGCGGGGCAGCCAGCGCUGGCGGCCUGCAGGCGCCUUGAUCUAUCCCCCGCCGCUACCCAUCAGCCGCUGCCGCCGCCGCCGCCGGUGGAUCACAAGCAGCAUCAACGACAGCCGUCAGUGGAGCUCCUGCAGCAUCACUACCACCACAGCCACAAUGUCGGCGGUUUCGGGGCGUCGCCGACGCCUCUCGCGAGUGCUGGCGAGAUGGCAGCUGCAGCCACGCCGGCGGCGGCGCCGGAACCGCCGCCGCCGCAGCAGCAGCAAGGGUUGGGCUUUGCGACCUUAGGCUUGUGGGAGCGGGCCGACAACGCCACAGGAGGACCGCAUCCAGCAGCGGCGCCGGAGCCAGAGCCGUACGGCAUGACGUCAGGUGAGCUCAGCUGGAGCUCAUCCACGCGGGGCUUGGGGGAGAGGCAUCGCGGUGCGGCGGAGGCCGAGGAUAAAGGCCGGGAAGGUCGUGCCGGCAGUGGCAGCGGCGGCGGCGGCGGCCUCCGUGAGGAGUGUCGCCGCGGAGGUGGGACGAGCAGAGGAGGCCGCCAACGGUCCGGCGGCGGCGGCAGCCGCGGCGGUGGCGGCAGCGCAAGCGGCCUCGGCGGCAGUGGUGGUGGCGGUGAGGAUCCGUACAAUAGCAGUGACGGCGGCGGUGAUGACGAUGAGGAAGUAGACGAUGAGGAUGAGGAGGAUGACGAUUGGGAGGCUGUUGGAGAUGAAUCCACGGUCUCUAAGAAGCGUCUGUGCCCAGGGGAGGGAGAUGACGAGGAGGAAGAGGAGGAGGAGGAGGAGGAAGCAGAUGACGCCUCGGAGCUGUCGCUCCGUAGCAGAGCCGCCGCCAUCGCCUCUGCCGACGGCAAAGCCUCUCGCGCCGCAACCAGCACCGCCACAGCUACACGCGCGCCAUUCCAGGGCUCUGAUGUGGGUCCAUCUUUCCUGCCGUCGCCUGAGCUACCGUCCGCUUCUGUCGCCGCCGUACGUGCAGCCGCUGACGCCGCCGCAGCAGCGGCGGGGGCGGCAAGUCCCCGCAGCGCGCGGUCAUCGCCGCCGUCGGCAGCAGUCCCCGCCGCUGCGCGAAAGGCGGCCGCGGCUGCCGCCGUCAAGCGAGAGGCCGCCGACAACGCCGCAGCUGCUGUCGUCGCGGCGGCGGGAAGCCCCCGCGGAACACGCCCGUCGCCGUCGGCAACAGUUGCCAUCGUCGCACGGAAGGCCGCCGCCGCAAUCGUCGCCGCGCGAGAGGUUGCCGACAAUGCCGCCGCCGCCGCUGCUGCUGUUGCGCGUCCACGGUCACCAUCGCCGCCGAUAGCCACCGCUACUUGGCGGAGUCCUGUCCCUGCUGCGCCGGCGGCGGCGACUCCCACCGCGGCCCGUAGAAUGCACUCAACACAAUCGCAAUCGCCAUCGGCCCCCGCAGCAGCCGUAACGGGGCCCCGUCGGACGCCGUCGCCUCCGUCGUCACCACCACCCGUUCCCGCUGCCGCUCGGAGAGGCUACGCCGCCGUCGCCGCGGCUGCCGCAGCUGCUGGGAAAGGUAGGACGCCGUCGCCGCCGUCGCCGCCGUCACCACCAGCUACCGCAGGCGCCGCCGCCAGACGGACCCCCGCCGCCACCACUGCUGUAGCGCUUUCCGCCAGAGCGCGGUCGCCGUCGCCAACGGCCACUGCCACUGUCCCCUCCGGCCGGAGAGCCACUGCCGCCGCAGCCGCCAACAGUGCUGCUGCUGUUACAGCUCCUACCACCGCACGGUCGCCGUCGCCAACCACCGCCGCUGCAUGCAGAGCAGCAGCCGUUGCGGCUGCCGCCGCUGUCACCUCUCCAUCCGCCAUUACCAGGUCCCCAUCCCGCACCUCCCCGUCACCACCUCAUUCACCCCGCGAUCCGGAGGGGUACCUGGCGGCCAGGUGCCUGCAGCUGGAACGGCAGCUCACGGCAGUGUACAGCGAAAUGGACGAGCUAGUGGCUCGAACACAGGGCGUCAAGGAUGUCGUGUCCGACAGCGCCGAUAGCCUCCGUCAGAAAUUGGCCGCCAUGGAGGUCGCCCUGGGAAAGCUGGAGGCGGAGAAUCGCGACCUGCGCGCUGCCGUACGGCACUCGCAAAGCACGUACGACAAGGCGGCGGCGCUGGCGAGCAAGAUCACGCAGCUGCAAGAGAAGGCACCCCCCUUCCCUCCAACCCACUUGGAAAUCCUCCAGGUCGACUUGUUGACGCUGGACAAGCACGAGCUUCAGGCAAGGCGGUUGGGUUCGGUGCAACUGGACCUUGCGCGACUAAGUCCCCGAAGUGCACAAUCCCCCCUAGGAACUGCACCUGCCGGCGGUGGCGGUGGCGGUGGAGGGAGUCCCCUUGGUGGCGGCGGCGGCGGCGGCAGCAGCACCGCCCGGGACAUGGAGCAGCAGCAGCAGCUGAUAGAGGCUCUGCUAACCCAGAUAUCUGAGCUGCAGCGGGAGAAGGCCGCACUGCAGGAACACGCCCGUCAGCUGGCCUUCGUGCAAUACAACCACCAACACCACCACCAACACCACCAACAGGAGCAGCAACAACAGCAGCAUCAGCACUGGGGCUCCUUGUCCGCCCGCAAGCAUGCAGUGGCAGCAGACCCCGCCACUGCCAACCUCACGCCCCGCACCAUACCCCGCGCCGAGAGGUCGGCGUCGGCGUCAGCGUCCCCAGCUGCGGGCCGCUCCGCGGCCCCCGCCGCCGCCGCCACCGCCGCCGCCGGCGCUAGCGGCAGGGCUGGUGGUAGCGGCGGCGCCAGGGCAGGAACUCGCGAAAAUGUCGGCGGUGGUGGUGGCGGUGCGGAUGCAGUUGUGUUAGCUCGUAUCUCCCAGCUCCAGCGGCAAGUCCGGGUGCUCGUAGCGGAAAAUGACAAUCUGCGGGCCGCACAGGGGCCUAGCGGCCCUCGAGGAGCAUCAGCAUCAGCAGCAGCUGGGGCCCGGGCACGAACCACACAGAUUCGCAACUUGCAGCAGGGUCAGGUGCAGUCUCUGGGCAAGCAGCUGGAUUCGGAGCGGCGAGUGAGGAGUCAGCUUAACGCCAUGCAGGCGGCAGCAGUCAGCCCGGCAGCCGCAGCCGCGCCGCACAGACAGCCCUCGCCCCGGUCAGCCGCACAGAGGCCGUCACCGUCGCCGACACCGCCGCCGCGGUCGCCGUCAGCGCGGCGGGCAACGCCACCGCGGGAGGCACAGCAUCAGCUGCCGUACGGCGCAUUAGCUACCGCCGUUGUGUACGGCCCCGUGCGGUCGGCGGCGCCAGCUGCCGCGGCGGCGGCGGCACCGGCGGGGCCCGUGACGACGGUGGCGGACUUCCAGGUCACCGUGGAGCCCUGGGUUGGCGGCGGCGGCGGAGGCGGUGGCGGCAGUGGCCGGUCCGGUAGCAUUGGCGAACAAAGCUCACGGACGGUGUCUCUGCGGUGA